CGUGGGAGAUGGCAUUGGUUUCUAUCUUUGGGGCCGCUGUCCUCCGUUGUGUUGCUGUGCUUGUGUAAACAUCAGCUCAGGAGUUGGUGAACACUUUCUCGUGUGGUCGUUUUAUUCCCUCGUCACUGAGCUAGUUCCAGAAAAUACACGUAUCCAAUGACGUUAACAGUUAAUUGACCAAUUAACUGUCAGGCUGACCUGACCUAAGCUUGAGAUAUACCUGUGUUUUCUACCUGGUUGGGCGUGCACGUGUGUGUGAGUAGUGAUUCUGAGAUCUCACGGAACUUAAAACUGCUGGAACUUUAUUCCAACUUCCGGUCGUCUCAUGGCAUCGACUCUCGACGAAUUAUCGUCGUCGUCGUCAGCAGGCUCGGAGGCUUCUAGAAGACAGGCGGGUCGACCCCACGGCAGUACCUACACUAAUUCACACCUCAGUAUGGCUGAUUACUUAAUUACUGGAGGCACAGGCUAUGUACCAGAUGAUGGCAUGUCAGGGUCUCAGCUAUUUGGAUCAGGUGAUGGCCUCACUUAUAAUGACUUCCUCAUACUUCCUGGUUUCAUAGACUUUGCUGCAAAAGAUGUGGACUUGACAUCAGCAUUGACCAAAAAUAUUAGCCUAAAAGCUCCUUUAGUUUCUUCACCUAUGGACACAGUAACUGAGUCCCAAAUGGCUAUUGGCAUGGCUUUGUGUGGUGGUGUUGGUGUCAUUCAUCACAACUGUAAACCUGAGUUCCAGGCUAAUGAGGUCAGAAAGGUCAAGAAAUAUGAACAAGGUUUUAUUUUGGACCCUAUUGUCAUGUCCCCAAAACACACAGUGGGUGACGUUGUUUCUGCCAAAAAAUUGUAUGGAUUUUCUGGCAUACCAAUCACUGUUAACGGCCACAUGGGUGAGAAACUGGUUGGCCUUGUGACACAGAGAGACAUUGACUUCCUGGCACACAGUGAACAUUCUACAUGUCUGGCUGAUGUAAUGACACCUUUUGAAGAGCUGGUUGUAGCAGAGGCUAAUGUAACGCUGAAAGAAGCUAAUCUCAUUUUACAGAAAAGCAAAAAAGGAAAGCUGCCGAUUAUUAAUGAUAAAGGAGAAUUAGUUUCGUUGAUAGCCCGCACAGACAUGAAGAAAAAUAGAGAAUUCCCUUUAGCAUCAAAAGAUGAAAAAAAACAGUUGAUCGUUGGUGCAGCUGUUGGUACACAUGAUGAUGACAGAGAGAGGAUAGAACAUCUGGUUAAUGCUGGUGUAGAUUUUCUUGUCCUGGAUUCAUCUCAAGGAAAUUCAGUGUACCAAAUCAAUCUGAUAAGAUACAUCAAGCAGAACUAUCCUCAGUUACAGAUUGUUGGUGGAAAUGUUGUGACUGCAGCUCAAGCUAAAAACUUGAUAGAUGCUGGAGUUGAUGGUUUGAGGGUGGGGAUGGGCAGUGGAUCUAUUUGUAUCACACAAGAAGUGAUGGCUGUUGGUCGACCACAAGGCACAGCUGUUUAUAAAGUGGCUGAGUACGCCCGCAGGUUUGGUGUGCCAGUCAUAGCUGAUGGUGGCAUCUCCUCUGUUGGUCACAUCAUUAAAGCUCUUGCUCUAGGGGCUUCAACUGUGAUGAUGGGCUCCAUGUUGGCUGGAACAUCAGAAGCUCCGGGAGAAUAUUUCUUUGCUGAUGGUGUCAGGCUGAAAAAAUAUCGGGGCAUGGGGUCACUGGAUGCCAUGGAACAACACAAAGCUUCACAGUCACGAUACUUCAGUGAGAGCGAAAAGAUCAAAGUGGCUCAAGGUGUGUCAGGAUCCAUUGUUGACAAAGGUUCAAUCCACAAGUUCAUGCCUUAUCUCAUUGCUGGCAUCCAACAUGGCUGUCAAGAUAUCGGAGCCAAGAGCUUAUCCAUUCUAAGAAUCAACCAGGAUAAAGUGCAUGCUACCAAAUGCAGGGUUGAAGAUGUUUCCUGUGAGAUCUAUGAUGUAUGGCGGAGAACUGAAGUUCGAGAGAAGAACAACCUCCGCUCAGAUAGAAGGGGGGGUACACGGACUCCAUUCUUAUGAAAAGCGGCUGUAUUAAGUAGCUGUGAGAUGACAUCAGCAAAUCUCUAUCACACAUUCACCAAGAUGUCAAGGCCCAAUACUCACUCCUUGUUUACCAGGGGAGACUAUUUGAUAUCUGUUAUUCUGAGGUCAGCUGCAUUAGUUUUUGUGCAAUUGGAUUAAAGCAAUUAUUUUAUAAACAUUUAUAGCUUUGUUUCAUGAAUUUUUUUUAUUAAGUUUAAUACAUUAUUUUUACAAAUCCGUGUACAUUUUCUUUUAGUUAAUCUUAUUUUUUGUGUAACAUUCCUGGCCACUUUAAGUGUGUAAAUGUCCAUCUCAAUCUUUAAUUUUAGAUCUCAGAUUAUUUUAGUUCAUUAAAAAUUUUUUUUAAAAGAUAAGAAACAAAGCAAGGUUGUGAGAUCUUUUAGCUGACAAAGAAAUUGUAUGUAUUAACAAAACUGUAAAGUUAAUUAAAAAGAUUUUUAAAAUUUUGACAAACAAACAUGGGAAUGUAAUGUUCAACUGAUGUAUGUGCAUGCAUUUAUUAUACGAGUUUACAAUGCUUUUUUUUUUGUUGGUCACCAAAAGUGUAGAUGUCAGAUGUUAGAUGCUGAAGCUCAGUCAAUCAUUGAUCAUGUUGCUGGUGGGAGCUAGCAAAAGCAACUUUUACACCAUUCAAUCUCUGUUCAUGUCUUUUUAUUUUAGAGUUGCAUACUUUUUAAAACUUUAUUUGAGAAGAGGGUGCAUCAAAGAAAGCCAUGAUUUAAAUUCUCUCAAUUGGUAAUUCAUUAAUUUUGUGUUCUAUUUAUAUUUAUGUACUUUUUAGUAGAUAAUUCUAUUUUGGCAUUUUUACACUCAACUUGUUCUGGCACAUUUAGUCCAUAUUUUUUGUGUAAGAGUGGUCAAAGCUGUGUUUAGCUCUGAACAGUGUUUAUUGAUUCCAUUUUACUGUGCUUGUUUAGAUCUUAUUAGAAGACAGCAUUUUUACACUUGGAGCAUUUCUGAUAGAAUAAGGUUGAUGUGUUGAGGUUGAACAUGUUGAAGUUGAACAAGCUGUUGUUAAUGUGGUCUCUGGGUGCAACACGGGUAAGGCAGUGUCCAAAUAGGUCUUUGUUCUGCCUGAUGUCUUUGGGCAGUGUGGAUGCAUGGGUCAUUGUCCUGUCAGUUGUCUGGUAUUGUGAAUGGCUUUAUGAAGAUGUGUCUGUUAUUGUUUUGUUUACCUGUGAUUGAUGUCUGGUAUUGUGAAUGGCUUAAUGAAGAUGUGUCUGUUAUUGUUUUGUUUACCUGUGAUUGAUGUCUGGUAUUGUGAAUGGCUUUAUGAAGAUGUGUCUGUUAUUGUUUUGUUUACUUGUGAUUGAUGUCUGCUCUUUAGCUAGAUGAUGACUGCCUGACGAUUGCUGUGUCUGAUGAUGUGAAUUUUUUUUCUUGAAAUUAAUGAACAAUAUUUUAACAUGUGUACAACUGUAAUCUAUUGUUUUGUUAUAUAGAUAGUAACAAUAAAUUGUAAUACUGUUUUGUUUUUUAUAAAUUUAAGAUUCACAUGACCUCUGAACUUCCAACCUAUGACUUUUUUCUCUCAUUACUGCAAGCAUUUAUUUUAAAACAGGUAUUAGGGACAGCAAGUUUCUGAACAUGAAGUUUCUGUAUUUAUUGUCAAUCUUAUAACAUCAUAGAUCUACCUGCUUUAUUAAAGUUGUUUAUAUUUAAAAAGGUUAAAAGAUUGAUGUAGCUCUCAGUACAGUUCAUGUUUGGGUUGAACACUAAAUUGUGUAACUAACAUGGGACAAGUCUGGUCUGUGCUGUAGUGUAGUUUUAACUGCCAUCAUGCACUACUUUAGUCUUACAUUAUUGAUUACUUUUUUCUUUUCCACUAUGUCAACAAAAAAAAAAAUAAAGAAAUUUAAGAU